CAUCGGCAUUGGUGAGCGAGAGUGUACGCGCGUAUCGUAGUUUUAACCACAUUGGGUGUGUUCCUGGUGUUCUUCCUGUUCUGUGCAUUGUUUUUUUCGAGCACCCCCGGAUGGAGGGAUAACGUGACGGUAGACCAACCCACCCCGACAAGAGAACCAUGAUUCGACCAGCAUCCUUGAUGAGAGCGAACGAGGAGUCGCAACCGCGCAUCGAAGCUCGCGCCAGUAACAUUGAGCAAGAUUCCAUCGAUUGCGGUGUGACGGCAUGCUCCUGCUGCAAUGGCCCCGGCUGCUUGCGGAUGGGUACCUCGACCAUGUUCAUUGUCGCCCUCUCGAUCGUAACGUUCGUGAGCGGCGGUAUCGAGGGUUACUUCCGGCUAGCAGCACACCAGGCCGCCAUCGAGCUAAGCUUUGAUCCGAUCGUGCUCGAUUGGUUGCUGGUGACGGCCGGCAUUGCCCAGGGUGUGUUUGCACUGCUGGUCAGUUACUGGGGCAACCGACUGCACCGCAUAUCCUGGCUCGGGGGCAUUUUCAUGCUACAGGCCGUUACGCUCAUCGUGCUGAUCAUACCGACCCUAACGCACAAUUCUGAUGAGAACAGUACCAUCGAGGCGCCACAAAUGGAUAAACUCUGCCGCUUGGAGGAGUCAGCAAAGCUGGUGACGGAUCAACCGUACGCCAUUACGACACUCGUGCUCAUGUUCAUCGCUCAGCUUCUGAUUGGCAUAUCGAAUGUGGCCAUCUACUCCCUCGGUAUCAGCUAUCUGGACGACAAUGUUCGCGAGCAUCACAGCCCGGGUUUGAUUGGUUGUGCCAUCGGUGCACGUAUCUGGGGCACGCAGUUGGGACUGGCCGUCGGUUUGAUUGUCGGUGCAACCGAGCUUAGCUGGUGGCUUGGAUGGACCAUCCUUGCGCCGAUCACGUUUCUGGCUGGUUUUGCGAUUUCGCUCUUCCCAAAGCGACUGCUUGCGACGAUGGUGCGCCAGGCGGCCGACGAUAUUAUCGAGACGGCCACGAGUAAUAGCGCCCAGUCACUCACCACCCUACCGGACAAGUGGCUCGCGGACAUUACCCUCUGGGCGACGCUGAAACGAGUGUUCUCGAACAAGAUACUGGUGUGCAACGUGCUGGCGCUGGUUUUCAUUCAAACUGGCUUGGUUAACUUCCAUUCACACGAGCAGUCCUAUUUGCAGUCCCGCUUCUUCCUGCCCACGUCGAACGCUGACGGCAUUAACGAUGAGUGGACUUCGCGGCUCAUCACCAACCUGCUGAAGCCUCCGGUGGUCGCCCUGACCGUCGUCGUGGCGGCACUCGUAAUUGCGAAAGUCAACCCUUCGGCAAGGAAACUGGCCGGAUGGAACAUCUUUGUAGGAAUACUGUCCGUUGGACUGUUCAUAGCAUUCAUAUUCAUCUCUUGCGAAGAGGAACAGAUUGCGGGGGCAUACCGGGGUCGAAAGCUGAUCAAACCGUUCUGUGCCUCGAACUGCGUUUGUGCCGAAAACAUCCCCUUCACACCGGUCUGCCCACAGGAUAGCCGGUUUACGUACUUCUCGCCAUGUCACGCCGGUUGCCAGGAUCGGGAAGAGAUCAACAAUGUCGUCACCUACCGCAACUGCACUUGCGGUGUCGAUCUCGAUAUCGUUUCACCGGGUGAGCUGGCGACGGAAGGGGCUUGCGGGAUUGGGGACUGUCAGCAGCACUGGAUCGUGUUCCAGGUGCUGACCGUGAUCGUGACGAUGCUGCUAGCGUCCGGACUGGUUGGUAAGGUGAUCAUCACAUUACGAUCGGUACUGCGCCAGGAUAAGGCGAUGGCUUUGGCCGUCGAGUUGACGUUGGUCGGGCUGGUCGUGUAUCUGCCUGGGAUGGUGAUUUAUCAGGUGGUGGCAACGCACACGUGCCAGUUUUGGUCGAGCGAUGAAAGGCAGUGCUUCCUGCACGAAACUCCAACCUUUGGUAACAUCCUCAACAUGAUAACGGCGGCCUUCAUCAUCAUUGGGCUCAUCUUCGAGAUGAUUGUGUUCUACUUUGUCAGCGACAUGACACUGUAUGGUGACGAUCCGGAUGAUGCGUAUCGACCCGUCGAGAUGCGUCGCUUUAUGGCCCCAGCGCGGACACAUACUCAAACUGAGCUGGUACCGCUGAAUGGUGGUACCGCGGAUACGAUUGAUCGGUCCACCGUGUCGGAUACGAUCGUUCAAUCGGCUACACUCAUCGCUGACGAUGUACCGCUGCAGCAAGUGGAAACAAUCCAGAGCACACAGCCUUCCUAUCCAGCACGAUCCGUUUCACCGCUUGCCAGGGUGUCCGCCAAUUAUGCCCAGGUCGUACGGCAGCUACCGAGACGGGAGGAUUCCAGUGAUAUCGAUGAACAGCUUGAUUUCCGCUCAGCCACCAGUCUUCCUCGGGGACAGAGCGAUACCGAAGAAGAUAAUGAUCGCCUGCAAGCUCCGCGGUCUUACUUAACUCCUAAUGGUCCCACCAGUAACGCCGGGAUAAGGGAUUACAUUAGCCAACGGAGUGUAGGAGCGGUGGAUGUGCCAAGCUCUCCGGAUAGUCAGAAUUCAUCGCAACGUUUCGAUGCACUUCGAACACGCAAUGCCGCCGUACGGCGACCGAUGAGUCCUGAGACGGACUUUUGAGAAUGGGCCUUAUAGUUGCAGGUAUUGCAGGUCGGAAUCGAAUUCUAAACUAAACAUGUCACUUAACGUAGAUUGAGUGCUAGAACUCAUACACCAGGUAAUCGUGUUAAUGUAAGAGAUUAAUGGUUUAAUCGAGAAACUAUCAACAUGAAAUCAAUCAAAUAACUAUGCAAUGCGAGUUAAGAGCAGGUUAAAUGCAAUGACAAUAGCAACAGAUUAGUAUUACAAGAUGAAGGACGAUUAAGCGAAAAAACAGAGUUAAUAGAAAUAAAUUUUGUUAAAGAAAUAACGAACAAAACUGCAUAUCCUAAUGGACUUCAGUUAAUGAAAGCGAAAUAAAAACCAAUUACGUUAAAUAAUACGGCGAGAAAAAAUCAA